UCCCUUCUCCCUCUUCGUGUUCUAGCUGUCUCUCCCUCUCCGCCUUUCUUUCAUUUUUUCCCUCACACCCAUCCACAGACACGCAGAUGUGCACGCAUGGGCACCAGGAACACGCUCACCGUCUGUCUCAUCACGUUCUCCUUUAAUUCCCUUGGUUCCUGCCCUCGUGUCUCCUCAUUCCUCUCACGCUCUCUGUCUGUGUUUACAUCCGUCUGCCUUUCUCUGUGUGCCUCUCUCCUCCCAUCUCUCACUUCUUUCCUGAUUGUCCCCCUCUCUCCCUCUCCCGUUUGCUUGGUCACUCACUUCUCUCUUCCUCGCUCUCAUGCUGUUUCUCCCUCUCCUAAGAAUAUGCUCUCUCACUUUCUGUUUUCUCUCUCUUAUCCCAGCUGCCUGGCAUGCUGGUCACUGCCCAUGCCCCACCCUGCCCCUGGCUCUGUGACAACCCUCUGAGCAGUGGCCGGGGCCCAGUGACCCCGCGUGGAGGUUCCUAUACCAUCUGUUGGAAGGAGCCCCAGGGUCACAGUAUUUCCUCCGGGGGGUGACUUGGCAAUGGUGUGUUCUGUUUCCUCACUUCUGCAAUUUCCAGAUAGCACAGAGGCUGGGUCUACAGACAGACGCUCAGAUUCCACUGCUGCAGCCGCGGUUCCUGAUACAGCCCAGGGCAGGAUUCUAUGACCAGCUGUCCCUUCCACACACAUAGUGAUGGAGCCAAGCGAUUCUUCUCGUGUGGACUCUGAGUUUCGAUACACCCUCUUCCCGAUUGUUUACAGCAUCAUCUUUGUGCUGGGGGUGAUCGCCAACAGCUACGUGCUGUGGGUCUUUGCCUGCCUGUACCCUUCUAAGAAACUCAACGAGAUAAAGAUCUUCAUGGUGAACCUCACCAUGGCUGACCUGCUUUUCUUGGUCACUCUGCCCCUGUGGAUCAUCUACUACUACAACCAGGGCAACUGGAUUCUCCCCAGAUUCCUGUGCAACCUGGCCGGCUGCUUCUUCUUCAUCAACACCUACUGCUCCGUGGCCUUCCUGGCUGUCAUCACGUACAACCGUUUCCAGGCGGUGACACGGCCCAUCAAGACCGCCCAGGCCACCACCCGCAAGCGUGGCUUCUCCGUGUCCCUGGUUAUCUGGGUGGCCAUCGUGGCCGCCGCCUCCUACUUCUUCGUCCUGGACUCCACCAACGUGGUGCCGAACCAGACCGGCUCGGGCAACAUCACGCGCUGCUUUGAGCAUUAUGAGAAGGGCAGCGUGCCUGUCCUCGUCGUUCACAUCUUCCUCGUGAUCAGCUUCUUCCUCGUCUUCUUCCUCAUCCUCUUCUGCAACCUGGUCAUCAUCCGCAGGCUGCUCACGCAGCCGGUGCAGCUGCAGCGGAACGCGGAAGUCAAGCGCCGGGCUCUGUGGAUGGUCUGCACGGUCUUGGCCGUGUUCAUCAUCUGCUUCGUGCCCCACCACAUCGUGCAGCUGCCCUGGACCCUGGCUGAGCUGGACAUCCGGAGGGGCGACUUCCACCAGUCUGUUAACGAUGCCCAUCAGGUCACCCUCUGCCUUCUUAGCACCAACUGCGUCUUAGACCCCAUCAUCUACUGUUUCCUCACCAAGAAGUUUCGCAAGCACCUCACUGAGAAGUUCUACAACAUGCGCAGCACCCGGAAGUGCUCCCGGGCUACCUCGGAGACCGGCACCGAAGUGGUCAUGCCGCUCAGCCAGAACCCUGCCAAUUGUCUCAAAAAUUAGUCCCUGAUUGUUGGGGCCAGGCCCAGAGGCUUAUCUUCCACGGACAUCAACUGACCCCGGGGACAAAAGGGUCUCUGCCGUGGUCUGGGCACCUCCUCUCUGGGCACUAGCGACCCUUUAAGUGUGGAGGCUACCUCACCAAGGUGGGGGUGAUGGCAGGCCCAGACUGCUGGGAAAUCCAGAAUUUCAAUGUGCCCCGCCAGCCACCUUUGGGCACGUGCCAUAAUCACCUUGGCUGAUGACCUCACCUUGAGUACCUGAGUCUGAUAGCUCUGUGGGGAGAGUCAGGGCCAGAGGCAGACCUUGGGGGCAGACUCUGAGCCACCCUCUUCACCCUACCAGGGCAGCAGCCUCGAGCCAGUGUGACCUGAACUUUUUGGCAACCACAUCUUUUACCACUAUACUGGCAGAGAAGGGGGGGUGGUUGGGGAAAGGGGGUACUCCCCUGGCCGUGUGGCAGUAUCUCUGGGAAAAACUUGGAGCCAGGAGACUGCCACCUUGUCUCAUUCAGAGGCACAAGGUCUUUGGGACGCUUCUUAGGGGAAGUGGCACAGUGGCACCUUUUCCAACUCAUCCAACGACCCAUCCUGAAAGGUGCCAGAGAUGAUAAGACGUGCAUGGAUCAAAGGCUAAGGUGGGGAGCUCGCCUCCUCUGUACGGGCCUCACUUCAGGCUUGGGUCGGCUCUGUGGGAGUGUGAGAGACACGAGAGCCACAAUCAUCUGUCUGUCUCAACAGUGAACCUUGAUGAAGUACCUCCCGUGGGGCAGCUACCCACUGGGGGUGGGCAAAGACCCCUCAAAGCCAAGUCUGGGGCAUCCAGGGCACCGUGCUGCUCAGAGGCUCCCACGAGAAAGGGGACUUAGGCUGAGAAGUACCUGUGUGCGGGUGAGGCCUCCGCAGUGGGAGAGGCCUGUCGGGUCUUCUCCACCACCUUGCUUUCUGAGGGGGGGGGGGCCGCCUCCUAAUUUAGCUUCCAGAAGGUGAGAGGAGUAGCUAUAGUCCCAAAGGCCAGCAGGCACUUUGUAUUCUGGGUGCAGAAGAGAGGUGUCAGCUUCUCUUGAAGGUCUCUAGAUGCCUGCUCAUGAUUUUCGGUGAAUAGUUUCAAAUGAGUCUCUUCUCACAGCCUGAGCACCUGUGGCGUGAAUAUGGCAGCCACAGACCCAGAGGCUUGGAAGAGCCUCCCCUGGUCUCCAGAACCCAGUGAUUCUCCUGAGACGUCUUCCUCCCUUCCAGCCAUAGUCCUCUCAUAAAGUGAAAUCCUUAUUUCCUGUCUAUCGGGCUGAGUGUGAUAAAUGCCUCACACUGGGCCGGUAACCUGCUGGGGUCUGGGAUGGCAGCUGUGGGCUGAACUUCACUGAUGGUGAUGAGGUGGGUAGCGCCCCAGAGUCGAGCUCUGUGUCACACAGACCCAGUUUCAAGUCUUGGCUCUGUCACUUCCUGCUGCGGAACUGUAAGCUACAUUUCCUACCUCAUAGGGUUGUUCUGAACCACGGAUCCCGAGGCGGAUACCUCUUGGUCAGGAUGAUUGCUCAUCCCAGAUGCCUCCUUUUUCUGAGAAGGUGUUCCCCUUGAUCCUCUGAUAGGAGCUGAAUGGAUGAGACGUGGGCUUCUGGCUCCAGGGGGGGGCAGUCAGGUUCUCUCCCAGGAAUAGGCAGUCAGCUUCAGGGGUGCUAGUUCGGGCCACUUACCUGAAGACAUACAAGUCUGGAGCAGUGCGUGUGCGUGCGUGUCUACACGCGUGUGUCUGUGGGUAUGAAGUGGGGCGGGGGAGGGUGGGUGACGGCCGGAACAUAAUGGACAAACUGACCCCGCACGGAGAGAAGAUGGAAACGCACAGAGCAAAGCGGAGACCAGAGGGAGCCCAGAAGCCUAGAGCGAGGAGGGGCCGGUGCCUCUCGGCCUGCCAGGCCCUUCUCCAGGCCCAACAACAUCUGCAUUCCUUCUUCUGGGUCCCAUGAGAGUCCCUUGUCAGGACACAUUCUUUUAUUUUGCUCAAGCCUAUUCGAAUGGGUGUCUGCGACUUGCAACUCCUCUCCGAGAGAUAAAUGCUUGGAUGUUAAAGCACCGUUUUUCUUGCGUUUCAGUCAUUUGUGUACCCGCCUCACAACUUUUCAAUAUCCAUGUACCAUCUGUCUGUAUGUUUGCUUCAUAAAUAGUUUUCUCUGCA